AUGGAUUUCGACGCACUCCGCGCACGUACUCUCCGUUCAGGAGCGGACGAGGAGGCUGUCACGGUUAAUACAAGAGCAUUGAUAGACAAGGUACUGGCUAGAUAUUCGGGGGAAUGGACUGUUUUGAGAGAACUGCUACAAAAUGCAGCAGACGCCUCAGCAACCAAGAUAAAAAUCAAGUUUGAUACAUUACCAUCUGCCACUGUCCCCUUACCAGCACAUACAUCGUCUUCGAGCCUAUUGAAGCAUACUGUACAACACCAUACCUUGAAGAGACUUGUGGUCACGAACAACGGGCUUCCUUUCAGUGAAAAUGACUGGAAUCGCCUGAAGCGGAUCGCCGAAGGAAAUCCCGACGAGACCAAGAUUGGUGCUUUUGGCGUUGGUUUCUACUCGACAUUCGCAGACUGCGAAACCCCUUUCGUUUCCUCCGGCCGGGAAGCCAUGGCUUUCUUUUGGAAGAAUAAUUCGUUAUUCACAAGACGACUACAGCUUCCAGACUCCGAGAUAACGUCAGACACCAACUUCGUGCUAGACUACCGAGAUACCACUUCCCCAGUACCUUCGCUUCUCCCUCUGGCACAGUUUCUGGCAAAUAGUCUCACAUUCGUUGGUCUGGAGAAUAUCGAGCUCUGGCUGGACGACUGGAAUAUCCUCUCCUUGAACAAAAUGACGUCGCCAAGUUAUGAGGUGGCAAUUCCUCGGGAUGUAGAGCCAAAGACAAGCGAAGGAUUCGUGAAAGUAACCAAGGUCUCCAAAGAAGUUGCACAGAUUAAUGGAGAAUGGAUGGCUAUCAUCGGAUGGAAAGCCACGAAAGACACAACACGCUCUACGAAUAGAGAUACCGCCCCAUCUCUUCGCAAGUUCUUCUCACGAUUGGCAGGGACCGUCCAGGAAGAGAGUCAGUCCGAGAUGAAAAUCGAUCGUUCAAAUGACGCAGACCUUCUUGCGUCCAAAGUAUCCGCGACCGUGUUUCUGAAUGUCAACACAGCGACUAUCAAGACGUUUACGGGCCAGAAGUUCAACGAAGAAUUGGAACGUGCCACCAAGAAGCCACCUCCGAAAUUUACAAAACUCGCCAUCCUGACCGCUCCCUAUGUUGGAGAUGAAAGUCUCGCCAAAGCAUCUGCUGCCGGAGACGUCUUUGGAACCGUCCUUCCGAGCAGAGGAGGCCGGAUAUUUAUCGGGUUUCCCACCCAUCAGACAACAGGUUUGAGUGCCCACAUUUCGGCACCGUCGGUCAUUCCCACGGUAGAAAGAGAAUCUAUUGAUUUGAAUGCAAGAUAUGUCCGGACAUGGAAUAUGGAAAUGCUCCGUGCGGCAGGCAUUGUUUGCAGGAUAGCCUGGUCCUGUGAAAUGCAAGAAAUCAAGGAAAAGUCUCAACGAGAAGCAAAUGGUCGGCCGAAGAUUCGCAUAGAGGAUAUCAAUCCAUUCCUCGAUGAGGCGAUCACCAUUUUCAAGAACUUCACUUUCCGGGAAUCCACACCUUCCAGUUCGAUUGGCCAGCUGCUGGAGGAUGCCUUCUGGACAUGCAAUAGACAAGCUUCAAUUGAAGUGGUUUCAACUUGUGGAGUAUUACCCACUCAUAACGUCCGCAUCGCCCCAAAGGAUAUGAGCUUCAUGGGAGGCAUUCCAAUUCUGCCUGAAAAACUCGCGUCGGAGGCAAAUGUUCUGGUCGCCAAACUGGUCGAUUUCGGCCUCAUAACAGAAGUAACGGUCUCGGACAUCAAAAUGGCACUUGAAUCGAGUCCUCUUACCCCGUCUCAGGUAUCUGAAUUUCUUGGAUGGCUUACCACGCAGUCAACUCGUGGGCAGCUUGACAAACAAACAAUUUCAAAUCUCCUGGCAGUUGCAGUUGUGAAUGAUGAUGCUGCACCGGAAGCAAACACGAGCCCAUUGCUGCAACUUGGGGAAAUCCGGCAUUUCCUGAAUCCAAGCAGAACUCCUGUUGACUUACCUGUACCGCCCUCGGUCAUGCCAUUCAAGUUUACCAAAAGCAUGAGCAAACAUAAUUUGGAGAGCUUGGGCUGGGAAGAACUUCAGCUUGUUGCCUGGGUCCGCUGGCUGAUCGGUCAAUGUGGAAACCGUCAAGUUCUGGCAGAGACUCAAGAUAUAACCAAAUCCGCUGAAUUCAGCUCCCAGAUUCUACCAAUUUUGUCCAAGCAAUGGGACUCGCUGAAUCAACCAUCCAAGACGGCUCUUGUUGAGUUGCUCGCCAAACAUACUGUCAUUCCGACCAAAUUUGGAAUGAAGACACCGUCGGAUUCGUAUUUUCCACAUGUGAAGUUGUUUGAUGAUCUGGCAACCAUCAAAGGCCUGGCGAAUGUCAAGGAUAAGUUCUUGGUCGCCCUGGGGGUGCGCAAGACAGUUGAACUCGGCGUUGUGUUCGAGCGACUUCUGGACUUGGACUCCAAGGCCACCCAGACCGCGGGCAGCUCGAAACCUCAGUGGAGUCAUGUUGAUUUGAUUCAUUAUCUCGCCUCAGUACGUGAGGACAUACCGGGUGCCGAUGUCCAAAAACUUAGAAGCACGCCGAUCUGCCCGAGGCAGACGAAAGGCCAAGACGAGAGCGAUUCCCCGAGGCGAUACAAAGUCGGGGAACUAUUUGAACCUCGUCCAGAGCUGCGCGACCUUGGUCUCCCUGUCUUGGCCUGGCCAGGUAUAUAUCGCAGCACUAGUCCAGAAGGAAAGUUUUUGAGUACCCUUGGCCUCAGGACUGCACCGGUGGUGAAGGAGCUUGUGGAAAUAAUGGCUGACGCGGGCAAGAGUGGUCCGAGUUUCAAUCUCGAUCUUCGAGACAGGGCUCUAGCUUACUUCUUAUCUCAUCAUCAUGCAUGCGGAUAUGGCUCAUUCGACUAUUCCAGCAUUACGGUGCCUUUCCUGCCCCUGGAGAACAAGCCAGAUCAACUGGCCACUUCUACCCAAUGUUUCGCCGAUGGAGGGGCUGCUCUCCUUGGUUUUGACAUAUUGAAGCGCGACUGGGUACCACAUGCAGCGAAAUUCGGUGUGAGAUUCAAUCCUCCAAUGGAACUGUGUGUCGACGUCCUUGGAAAACGACCACCUACAACGUCCCGAGAUGCACGGGAUAUUUUCACAUACUUGGCUGGGCGUCUGACUGAGAUAAAUGCUACCAACAUUCCCAAGCUGAUUGAUAUGAAUUUCGUACCAAUAUUUGCGAAGAACAAAGAGAGAUCAGCUCCUGUAACGCAUACGUCACCAAGAAAUUGCUUCCUGGGCGAGAACGAUGUCUUUGGCGAGAUCUUCCACUAUGUUGAUUUUGGUGUAGAAGGAAAUUCAUUCCUCAUCAAGUGUGGUUCAAAGCAAGAACCUUCGAAGGUGGAAAUUGCACAGAUCCUUGUCAGAGAGCCAGCACGUAUUUCAGCGACAUUCCGCAGUGUGGAAAAGUACAUGGCGCUCUUGCGCAGCAUGGCCGACAGUGCCAAAACUCUGAGGAAAAACAGGGAGCUUUGGGGAGAAAUGAAAAAAGCGCCGUUUCUGCUGGCAAGCAAAGAACUUCCAGCUCAUUCUUCGGCAGAGAAAGCCGUCGGUGGCGGGGAUGAUGUUGAUCAUCUCGAUGAGGAAGAGUCACAAGGAAUUCGCGAAUUUCAACUUUGCGGUGCUCAAGAUGCCAUCAUCAUUGACGACUAUAUAAACUAUAACCUGUUCAAGACAAAUAUCCUUGCUGCGCCUCAGGAAGAGACCUUGGAGGAUUUCUAUUAUUCCCUAGGCUCGCCAUUGUUGAGUUCAUUAGUCGAGGAAGCAGCUCGCCAUGGUCCAAAAUUGCCUGACCAAAAGCCGGCGGAGAAAUUGCAGAAACAGAUUCUGGAGAGAUCAACGCUGUUCCUGCAUGAACAACCCCCGGACACGAUCAAGCAUGAUGCUAAGUGGCUGGAGAAGAAUUUGCGAGUUCGGUUAGUGUCUUCCAUUUCCCUCCGGAGAUCAUUGCGAGGACGAAAUGUCAGCCAUACAGAGAAGCGCACGGCUGUUGUGACCCAAGUUAAUCGCGAGUAUACAUUGUGGAUCACUGGUGCGAAACCAGAUUUGUAUCAAGUCAGCCAGGCAUUGGUUCAUAUCUUGCUCGCGAGGCCGAAACUACAUUCUGCGAUUACCCUCGAAAUGUUAUUGAAGACAGACCUGCUUGAACUACGCGCUCGUGGAUUCAAUGUUUCUCGCAUUUUGCGGCAGAAGGCAGCCGAAGUGCGACUGGCCCAAAAUAAGAGACAACAAGAACUUGAGGAACAGCAGAAGCGCACCGAGGAAGGAGAAAAGGCUUGGCGAGCCUCGCAAGAACAAGCCGCCAGAGAAAAAGCUCAGCAAAAUCCAUUGCCAGGUGCUUUUCCAGAUUCACCAGAUCACAAAGGCUCCUCCACAGAAUAUCUCGACGCGAAUGUUGCCCCCCUGGAUGGGGAUGAUCUUCGAAGACAUGGUCGAAACCUCCUCUCCAAUAUGUCACGUCAAUUUGGUUUUGGUCAUAACCGUCACAUUCAGUCCUUGCUUGGCCACAACGUCGACGAGACAACAGCCAGCGCCCCACAGGGAACCAUUACAACCGGGGAACAAGAUUCUCCUCCGCCGUAUCAGUACGAUGAACGAAGUGGCGACCAGAAACCUAGUGACUCCGUCACCGCACCUCACCAACUCCGCGAAAAUCUCCUGAGUGCAGUCAAGAAGUCUCGCGCCCAUAACUCGUCUGAUCUUUUCACUCGGGGGGAAACAAAUGUCCUCACUGAAACCAAAUCUUAUUGUGACGAACAUCCUGCUCAUGGCUUGACGUUUGCGGCCGACAUCAAACACGGCAUCCAAAUGUAUCUUUCCCCUUCCUCGGUCAGCAGUUUUCCGGCAUUCCUGCAACGGCAUUCUUCCGGCCUCGCUGAUUUCGCCACCCUGCUGAAAUCCGUAGGUGAAAUCUUUGGCUUGGAACCACGAACCUUGAACAUCUUCUUCGAAAUGUCGGGCAAGACAAUCGCCUUCAACCGUAAUGGUAGCAUCUUCUGCAACUAUCGAUACUACCAGGAACUCCACGAACGGGAUCUCGCUGGUGCAGGGAGCACAGACGCUGAUGCCGAUGCUUUCGUGUACUGGUGGGUUAUCCUUUGCCAUGAGCUGGCGCACAACCUGGUCGCCGAUCACAGCUCCAAUCACAGUUUCUACACUGAAGGGUUUGUGGCACAGUAUUUCAGGCGAGUCAUGAGAGUUCUUGGGAAGGGAUCUUCAACGGGUGCACAAACGACACAGGGGCCACUUGUUGAGAUUUGA